AAUUAUAAUUUACUUGAUCGCAAUUUGAGUUCUUUCUUGAAUAAAAAUAAAAAUAAAAGUAAAAAUAAAAAUAAAAGAUAAAACCUAAAAGGAUUCGGGUUGAUAUUAUUCCUGACCCGUUACUUCUCCGUACGACGUCGGACUCUCCCUUUCCGCGCACGACGACGUUCCUCCGCCGCCAACAACCAAUUCGCCGUCGCCGCCGCCGCCGCUUCAUAAUAAACAUAACGUAUAAUUGCAGCUUUGAUUAGUAUGCAAGUUUAUCUGAUAUGGAUCAAGCAGUAUGCAAGUUUAUCUCUUUGUUUGGCUUUUCGUUAUAAAGUGAAGAGAUCAAGCAUUAAGGAUCUUCUUUGCAAUGGGUUCUCCUGAACGUGUAAGGAGUUCUGUGAAACGUGAUACCGAGGAGGAUAUAGAGGUAAAUAUUGAUAUUGUGAGGGACGAGGAGGACUGGGUGGGUGAUGAUAAGAGGAAGCAACGCUCGAGCAAGUCUAAAAAGCAGGGAACUGGUGAAGAUGUUGAUGGAUUGGAUGGUAGUGGCAAAUUAAGAAGUAUGUCUGACAGACAUGAAAGUCGAAAAAGAUCCGCUGACACAAGUAGAGCUGAUAGUGACCAGGAUGACUAUGAAUCAAGAAAAGAGUCGCGCUCUAAGCAGGUGAAGAAAAAGUCGGAAGAGAAUACAUUGGACGUAUUAAGCACAUGGUAUCAAGAUGGAGAAGCAGAAAAUAAGCCUGAUGGCGGGGACAAACCUGGGAGUAGAGGAUCCAGUCGAGCUGAAGAAAGUGAGAGAAUGAAAUCAUUUUCGAAGUUCCCGGACCCUGAUUAUGAAGGGGAAAACUUGCAGGAUAGAGAUUUAAGAGAUCUGGAGAGAUGGAAUAAUGAACGAGACAAAGGAUAUGGGUAUUCUGACCAUGGAAGAAGCCACCGAAGGAGAUGGGAUGAGGCUGAACAUGGAGAAAAAUCUGAUGCAAGAAGUGCAAAGUCUUUCGAUGCCAAAGUCGAGAGUGCAAGUGACAGAGAAAGGAGUGACCCUUUGGGAAUUGAUGGUAUAAAGUCCCAUGACAGAGAGGGCAGGUCUGAAUUUCUCGAGGAAGACAAUAUGGGAAGUUUAACACGUGAUGCCAUAUCAAAUAACGAGAUAUUUGAGGAGCAUACGCAACAAAGAAAUCCCACUCAAGAUAUUCUUGACGGCCGUGCAAGAUCUUUAAAUGCUGAUGAAGAUGUCAGUACACUGGUGAGAGACAAGCGUGGGAGAGAUGUUGAAAGCAAUGCAACCAGAACGCCUGAGAAGAUUGGAAGGCGCCAAACUGACGCGGAUAAUCUUGACAUUGAUUAUGAAAGAAGCACUGCUUCUAGGAGGAAGGAACUGGGGAAAGAGGGCUCUUGGGAUGAUAGAUCGAAAGAGAGAGAUGAUAGUUGGGGUGACAGAAAUAAGGACCGGGAGGAUAAUAAAGAUACCUGGAAAAGAAAGCAAGAUAAGGAAGCAAGAGAUGCAGAACCACCGUAUGAUGUUAGCAUGAGGGACUGGGAUAUGCCUAGGCGUGGCCGUGAUAGAAUGGACGGCCGUCCUGGUGGUAGAAAAGAUGGACGCUGGAACGAACAUGUGAAAGCCUCGUACAAGUACGGAAUAUCGAACGAGAAUUACGACGUGAUUGAAAUCCAAACCAAAUCCGAGCUAAUUCCCGAUGCAAAACCGGCUGCUGACAUGGAGGAGAGGUCACGAAACACACAAAGAGGAUCUACACCGUCUGGUGAAGACACAAAAGACAGGUCCACAGAUGGUGAUCAGCAGUUAUGGAGAGAUGACAAUGACUCUCUGUCGGAGAAAUCUAGAGAGCAGAAAUGUAUUGUGCCUCGUGGUGGUUCUGGUGGCCAAAGUUCUAGCGCCGGCGGUGGCGCUGGCGGCUCUCUACAUCCACAUGGAAACCAGGAUCCUGGUUCCUUUAAUAGAGCUGCUUCGCAGGGUGCUAGGGGAAAUAGACUCGGUAGAGGAGGAAGGGGUAGACCUACUGGUCGAGACACUCAACAACCUGGUAUUCCAUUACCUUUUGGACCACUUGUAUUGCCGCCACCUGGACCAAUGCAAUCUUUACCUCCGAACAUGUCCCCUGCUCCAGUUCCUAUUACUCCUGGAGUCUAUAUUCCUCCUUUUCAGUCUCCCAUUGUAUGGCCAGGUGGAGGUCGAGGUAUUGAGAUGAACAUGCUUGGUCUUCCAACUGGUCUUCCACCUGUCCCACCUGGACCUCUAGGACCAAGAUUCUCCCACAAUCUCGGAAAUCUUGGAAAUCUCGGAAAUGCCCCUGGAGGUGGUUUGAUGUUCAGUCCGUCAGGGCCUGGAAGAGGAAUGCCGCCCAGUAUGUCUGUUCCGAAUUUUAAUGUGAUGUCAUCUCCGGUUGUUCGUGGCCAGCCACAGGAUAAUAAAGCCUCUGGAGGAUGGCUUCCUCCUAGAACGAAUGCUCCAGCUGGCAAAGCUCCGUCUAGAGGAGAGCAGAAUGAUUACUCUCAGAACUUUGUCGACACUGGUAUGCGGCCGCAGAAUUAUAUUAGGGAGCUGGAAAUAACUAGUGUUGUGGAGGACUAUCCGAAGCUUCGAGAGCUUAUACAGAAGAAGGAUGAGAUUGUUGCCAAAUCUGCUUCUGCUCCAAUGUACUACAAGUGUGACCUGAGUGAGCAGGUGCUUUCUCCAGAGAUGUUUGGAACCAAGUUUGACGUCAUUCUUGUGGACCCGCCAUGGGAGGAAUAUGUUCAUCGAGCACCUGGUGUCACUGACCAUAUGGAAUCUUGGACAUUCGAAAAAAUAAUGAAUUUGAAGAUUGAGGCAAUCGCUGACACUCCGUCUUUCAUCUUCCUUUGGGUUGGUGAUGGUGUUGGGUUAGAGCAAGGGCGACAAUGUCUAAAGAAGUGGGGAUUUCGCAGAUGUGAAGAUAUAUGUUGGGUGAAGACAAAUAAAACAAAUGCAACUCCUGGGUUACGCCAUGAUUCUCAUACUUUGCUUCAGCGCUCCAAGGAACACUGCCUGAUGGGCAUAAAAGGGACUGUACGUCGCAGUUCCGAUAGUCAUAUAAUCCAUGCCAACAUUGAUACUGAUGUAAUAAUUGCUGAGGAGCCUCCUUAUGGUUCAACUGCAAAGCCCGAAGAUAUGUACCGCAUAGUUGAGCAUUUUGCUCUUGGUCGAAGAAGGCUUGAGCUUUUCGGUGAGGACCAUAAUAUUCGUUCUGGCUGGUUGACAGUUGGUAAAGGGCUAACCUCCUCAAAUUUCAAUUCUGAGGUAUAUAUAAAGAGUUUUGCCGACAAAGAUGGGAAAGUAUGGCUAGGAGGUGGAGGAAGAAACCCACCCCCCGAGGCACCUCAUCUUGUCCUAACAACCCCUGAAAUCGAGUCUCUCCGGCCAAAAUCACCGAUGAAGAACCAGCAGCAAAUGCAACAGCAGCAGCAAUUAGCUUCUAUCAAUUUGACUCCUGCAAAUUCGGUCAACAAAAGGCCUACUUCCAUUAAUACCGGAAACUCACCUCAGAAUCAUAAUAUACCUAAUAUGAAUAUUCUAGAAGCUUCCGGCUCGAAUAUUCCCUCACCUGCCACAUGGGCUUCCCCAAUGCCUAAUUCGGAUGAGAGGAUGUUUGAUGUUUACGGGUACAAUACUCCGUUUGGUCCGAAUAUUACUGGUGAAUUUUUUGGAUUAUGAAUUAUCUCAGAGAGGAAUUUGAAUACUCGCUCUUGUGGUGAAUUGUUGCUAGAGUUGUUAUAUUUAAAAGAAUAUGUUUUAAUAAACACAUUAUUUGCUAAUGCAAUUUUCAGGUCCCUCUCUUUUAAUUGAUUCUACUUUUUUUUU